CAGGAGGAAGAACAAAACAAGAUGGCGUCUGGCGGAGAAUACGUUGUUUUGGUUAUUAUGGUUUCUAGGUCUUAAUUACAACGUACAUGUGCACAUGUGUGUCGUUUAACAGAGUAAACGUCGUUAUUAAUUGUUUGUAUGCGGAUACAUUAGUCUGAGUGCACUUUGACGUGCUAGCCUAGCCUGCUGGUUAGCUUAGCUUGUUAGCUGCUAACAAAGAGAGGCGGAAGUGAUCGAAACAUCAAAGCAGAGAUCCAAAACGUCUGUGAAGAACAUCUUCACCCUGAGCAACAGAAGUGGAGCUUCAGGAUGCAGACGGAGGAGCCACAGCACAACCUCAUUAAGAAGGAAGAGGAAUACCCACUGAUCCCCCAUUUUAAAAAUGAAGAGGAACACCCACUAAUCCCCCAUUUUAAAGAGGAAGAGGAGGACCCACUGACACCCCAUUUUAAAAAGGAAGCAGUGGAUCCACAGACCCCUCACAUUAAGGCGGAAGAGGAAUACCCACUGAUCCCCCAUUUUAAAAAUGAAGAGGAACACCAAUGGCUACCCUUUUUUAAAGAGGAGAUGGAGGAACCACUGACACCACAUUUUAAAAAGGAAGCGGUGGAUCCACUGAGCCCUCACAUUAAAGAGGAAGAGGAGGAACACAGCAUCAGUCAGCAGGGAGAGCAUCUUGAAGGACUGGAGGAGGUUGAUGUCACCAAGAUGCCAGUGACUGGUGUCCCUGUGAAGAGUGAAGAUGAUGAGGUGAAAGGUGAAAGUGAGGAGAGGGGAGGGGGGGAGCCUCCAAGCAGCAGCUCAACACAACACAUGACAACAGAAGCUGAUGGAGACCACUGUGGAGGAUCACAAGCAGACAAGCUCUUAGCUCCACUAUCAGAUAGUGAGGACACAACGUCACACUCUCCUGACACUGAUGAUGAAGACUCUAAAGAUGAUAAGACAUGUCACACUGACAACACUCGCUUCACAUGUUCUCACUGUCACAAAACUUUUAAAUAUCCUAGUAAAUUGAAAAGACACAUGAGAACACACACUGGAGAAAAACCUUUUUCAUGUUCAAACUGCGGUAAACAUUUUACUCAGAGGCCAGAUUUAAAAGUACACAUGAGAACACACACUGGAGAAAAACCUUUUUCAUGUUCUAUCUGUGGUAAAGAUUUUACUCAGAGGCCACAUUUGAAAGUACACAUGACAACACACACUGGAAAAAAACCUUUUUCAUGUUCUAUCUGUGGUAAAGAUUUUACUCAGAGGCCACAUUUGAAAGUACACAUGAGAACACACACUGGAGAAAAACCUUUUUCAUGUUCAAUCUGCGGUAAAGAUUUUACUCGAAGGGAAAAUUUCAAAAAGCACAUGAGAAUACACACUGGAGAAAAACCUUUUUCCUGUUCAAUCUGCAGUAAAUAUUUUGCGCAACGGCACUAUUUGAAAGAACACGUGAGAACACACACUGGAGAAAAACCUUUUACAUGUUCAGUAUGUUGUAAAAGUUUUUUACAAAGUCAGCAUUUGAAAAGACACAUGAGAAGACACCCAGGAGAGAAAGUGUUGAGUUGCAGUGUGUGUGGUGAAAGAUUGUCUUCUAAGUACCAGUGUAAGAAACACAAGUGUGCUGGUGAGAACAGCAGCAGCAAAUGAAACUGCAGGAUUUGAAAUAAACUGUCCAGACUUUAACUUUGACCUUCUAAAAACAUCAGCACAUAGUUUCUAAGAUUUAUAGAUGAGAUAUUUUAGAUUAUUACCUUUUUUCAGUCAAGUACUACACAUGACAAGUGUUUUUUAAAGUUGUUCAUGAUUUAUCCCCCUUUUUUAGAAUUCCUCAAACAUUAUCAAUUUCAGAAAACAUGGGAAUGUUUGGAAUGUUUGGGAAAAGUUAAUUAUGUACAUCAUCCCACAGAGCUUUACUGUACAUCCAUCCAUUUGUUCUACCACUUGUCUCUUUCAUUUUAUAUGAGUACCUUGAAGGUAGAAAAGCGCUAUACAAGUACAACCCAUUUAUUUAUUUAUAUGUAUAGCAUUUAAUCACAUACUUGUCCGCCAAAGGGUGUUGCGUUUUGGAGGAACUCCUUCUGUCAGAGUGCUGUUCACACUUCUUUUACUGCGGAAAUCUACUCACAAAAACAAUCCAAACAGUAGGAAACAAAAAACGAUGGUGCGAAAAAGAGAAGACUAAAUGUGCAUUUUGGAAAAAAUAACAAAAGCUACUUCUAUACACAAAUAAAGUCAACUUGGUUUGGAGUUACAAGACGUGCACACAACAAAACAACACCAAGAUGGAUGGCACUGGGAAUGGCCAAGGUAGCAAAAUACUCAAAGCAUGGAAUCAACUGGCGUGGAGUGGAAUCGCCGAGUGCCAUCCAGCUGUCAAGGUGCUGCUUAAGUAGCACCGGGGUCAAUUGGAAGCAGCUGUGCACGUCCCACAACUCCGCCCACAAAGGCAACACAGGAACUCUAGGAGGAAGGAGAAAUGUAAGAACAAGGUCAACUGCACCAAAAGACGAAAACUGACUGUUGGAGCCAAAUUUCCUUAUUUGCUUAUAUUGUUUUUAUUUAGUUUUCUCUGAUUGAUAGCUGGCUUCAGUUCAUGCUGAAUUUCCCUUUCUGCAGAUUGCUCCGCCCACUUCCUGUUGAGAACCAGGAAGUGUCGACAGGGUUGGGACUGUUGCUAUGGUGCGGUUGCCAGGGUAGCCUCCUUUAAUUGUGUUCAGCUGGGAACACUGGGGGGUGAUUGCAUGGAGGACAAACAGUUUUGGAGCGUGUGGUGUGGUGUGUGGUCAGGUCUCACUGCUGUGACAAUGUGCCAUUCAAGCCAAGGUCAGCAUACAUAAUGUUCUAGAACCUACUUUUCAUUUCAUUUUGAUAGCUUGGAAUAAAGGGAUUGUCAUAUCCAAACACAUUUCUACAGUACUGGACAUUCAAUCAUCAAACUGGUCAACACAGUAUCAGUAUCAGUAUCAGUAUCAGCCCAAAGAUAAGUGCUGUACAAUGAGAAUAAAAUGCCUCGUAGCCGAUUAUACAAAUGUGAUCAAUUCAUCUUGAUAUUGUCCUGCCACAGUGAAUAGGUUUCCCUUUUUAAAGGGCAAAUUCCUCCCAGGGUCUUUUGUCCUAAUGACUGUCUGGAUAAAGUGAGGAGAAUAUAAUUCAGGAAAACAAUUUAUUUUACAAAUAAACUAGAUUAAGUAACACAUUUUUACAGUUAGCUAAAUUGGACAGAACACCUGCAUCAUCUUCUCAACAACACCCACAUUCUUACAAACAACAUAUUUAAGAAUGGUGGUGUUAAAUACAAAGUGCAUUCAGAUACAAACAAUUAUUUUUGAUGUUUACUCUAUUAAAGGACAUAUAUGUGCACAUGUAUGCACUGAUUAAAAAUACAGAACAAUAAUGCCCACGUUUAGACUUUCUCCAUCAAACGCCAUCUUGCUUUCUCCUCCUUUCUAUUUCCAGCAGACUAGUAGAACAUCUUAGGUGUAUUGCUGCCCUCCACAGUCUAUUAACAAAAUGUCUUCCUUCUGUCCUAUGGCCCACACUACAGACUUGGACACAAACAGGAGAGAAAGUAAAAAGCAGCUUUAAGGAGGUCAAAACAAAAUGUAUGCAUUCUUUCUAACGGCCGCUGGGUGGCAGCAGAGGCUCCAUGUAUCACCUGAAGAAACAUUUGACUUCUGACCUUUCCACAUUAUUUCUCUCAUCUUUACUGCUGGAGUUCAGCUCACUGAGGAUGUAAGCUACAUUUUGGUAUCUUAAUUAUCUUUAAUUAUUCAUAAACAGGCUUAAAACAAACCAUUAUUAUCAUUACUGCCUCAUUUGUUUCACUCUCUACUAAUUAAAACUAUUCUAGCACAAAAACAUUCAGGAUGUUCAUACAAAAAAUAUUACACAUCCCCCAAACGUACCAAUUUAUUAUGGUAUUCAUAUAAUAUUACAUUUAAUAUACACAUGGUCAUAACAGUGCUGACAAUUUAAAUUCCCUGUGGGGAUUAAUAAAGUAUUUCUGA